AUGGCACAGUUCGUUCCCCGGCAAACCUUUGCCCUACCAAACUCCAUCCCCAAGACAUAUUACUUAGGCCAUCAUGCUGCGGCUCAGUCUGAUAUGGUCAAGCGUCUAAACCAGAUACACCUGAUCCUCGAAUGCCGUGACCUCCGCCUGCCCUUGACCACCAACAAUCCCUUACUCGAGCGCUCUCUUGCUGGCCGUCAGCGCAUCAUCGUCUUCACAAAAUGCGACCUCACAAUCAACAAUCCCCAACACGUCAACGCUUUGCGCAAAUUAUAUGGCGAUCGCUUUAUACUCUGGAACAAAAAUAGACCUGGUUCAACAAAAUCUCUUCUCAGCAAGAUAAAAGAAGUUGCGCGCGCCAUCGAUUCAAUAACGGGUAUGAGGUCCAUGAUCGUGGGAAUGCCUAAUGUGGGAAAGAGCACGUUACUCAAUGCUCUACGGGCGCAGGGACUUCAGAGUAAAAAUGCAAAGGCAGCCAAGACUGGGGGCCAACCAGGUGUUACGCGCAAGAUUGGCACCAACGUUCGGAUAGUAGAGUCGGAAUCCAACGAUUCCAAGAGAGGUGUUGGCGACGGGGGUGUACUUGUCUUAGAUACCCCAGGUGUUUUCGUGCCAUAUGUCGACAAUGCCGAGACUAUGGUAAAGAUUGCACUCGUUCAAGGUAUUAAGCUUGGCCUGAUACCAGAAGACGUUCUGGUAGACUACCUGCUCUACCGCCUCAACAAGAUCAACCCGGCUUUCUAUAAGCAAUAUUCCAAGCCCACGAAUGACGUUCAAGAAUUGCUUAAUUCCAUUGCGGCGAGGACGGGCAAACUGAAGGCCGGUGGCGUGCCUGACUUGCGUUCAGCAGCCAGCAUGUUCUUGAGAGACUGGAGAGCUGGGAAGCUGGGAAAAUUCAUGCUCGAGGAUCUAUCAGAUGAAGCGAUCGAGGAACAUCAAAAUCGAAUGCUUAAUCCCCCACUGAGCAUGAAUCAGGCUAAGAAGCAACAGAAAGAAGCACGCGCACAAGAGAGAGCCGGCGCCUAA